AUUUCAGAAAUCCAGUCUCCUUAGCAUAGUUAGUUUUUUCUGGUCCUACAAAAUUCGAUACUUUUUGGCUUUACUUUAAAGUGUUUAAAGGUUUUAAGCAUUUCUCUAGAAAAUCAAAGCAUUUUUCGAGUCCAUAAAAAUCUACAACCUCUAAAAACCCGUAGCAAUCAUGAGUUACCGUGAAGGUAAAUGUGAUGAGUUUUUCGUAAGAUGUCAGAUGCUUGAGAGGUCCUGUAAAAGUGCUGAGGAGUUGACUCAAAGAAAUGGCGAAGCCUUGGAAAAUCUAAGUCUACAGGUUCCUAUACUAGCCAGAAAAUCCGUAGACAGCAUUGCGGAGGAGGCAAAAAAGGAUGUCGAAUUUAAAAUGGAUCAGAUAAAACAAGAACUGUGCGAAAGAGAGAAAUUUAUUGUGUCCAUGAGAGAGCAGUUACAUUUAGAAGUACCCAAAUCGGAUCCUGUGAAGCACAAUCUCUUGAUGCAAAAAUACAGGGCAGCCCUCAAAAAAGAUGAGAAACUCGAGGCCGAGGCCCAAAGAUCCUUAACUGAGGUCAACGUUGACAUGGAGAAGCAGACAGCUGAACUCAAACAGUUGCACAGCACUCAGGUGAUUGAGUAUCUCUUGAUGCAGGACCAAAUCAAGGAAAACUUUAAGAAGGAUAUGGAUAAACUCAUGAAAAAGUUCGAUGCAGAAAUGUCUCGUUUCAGCAAAGAUAACUCCGAUGUUCUGGCAAUCAAGGAGAAAAACAAUUCCUCCUCAGUCGGCAGCACUCACCAGCCUUAAGUUUGGAAAAUGUUCUAUAUGGGUUAUACAUAUAUUUUAAUUUAAACAGCAAAAACCUCUACAAGCUAUGGAUCUUGUUUUAAAUUUAAAAUGUU